CGCUCCCAGGGUGCAGCGCACAAGUUGAGCCCCAUCUUGGGCGAGAGGAGCCGCGGCCCUACCGCGCUCCGGCAGCUCCGGGGCCGGUGCAGCGCAGCGGCUCCGCCCGCCCGCGGCCGCCGAGCGCCGCUCCCCGGGCCGCCGCGGCGCCGGCACCCCGCCCGCGGCGGGGCUUUGCCCGUGGGGCGAGCCCGCGGGCCGGUUGCGAGCAGGAUGCGCCUGGCGCUGGUCUCCAGGUAGAGCGCGGAGACAGCGGGGGUGGGACACGGGGCCGCCCGGGCCUCGCCCGGCCAGCGCGGGGCCCCUCGCGCGGGGCGGGCCGCGGGCCGCUGCUGCGGCCCGCAGGAAGCCGCGGGGCGCUCGGAGCGGCGGCAGGGAGGAGAAGGAGGCCCGGCCGCGGGAAGAGGGCUGCGGGUAGGGAGGAAGAGGAGGAGCCCCGCCGCCCCCCGCCCGCCGCAGGAAGCCGCCGGAGGAUGUACGGUAGCGCCGGGGGCCCGGCCGGCACGCCGUGACAGCCCGCCCUAGCACCCCGCUCGCCUCGCCUCGCCGCGGCCGGCCGAGCCCCUUUCUGCGGAGGAAACAUGUCCAAGAUGCCGGCCAAGAAGAAGAGCUGCUUCCAGAUCACCAGCGUGACCACGGCGCAGGUGGCCAGCAGCAUCACCGAGGACACCGAGAGCCUGGAUGACCCGGAUGAGUCCCGCACCGAGGACGUGUCUUCUGAAAUCUUUGAUGUUUCCCGUGCCACCGACUACGGCCCCGAGGACGUCUGCGAGCGGAGCUCCUCCGAAGAGACUCUCAACAACGUGGGCGAGGCCGAAACUCCCAGCAGCGUCUCUCCCAAUCUCCUUUUGGACGGGCAGCUGGCUGUGGCUGCCGCUGGGGUGGCUGCAGGCCCCAACGGGGGGGCUGUGCCCAAAAGUUCGGCAGUGCCCCUGCCAGCUGUUGCUCCUGGCGCUGCUGUGGGGGGAGGCAGCAGUGCUCAGGCUGCCCUGCCCUCCACAGGGCCUUCUGCACCCACUGGCCCCGGGGCCAUGUCUCAGACGGCGGCCGCUGCGUGCAGCUCACGCUUCAGGGUGAUCAAGCUGGACCACGGUACUGGGGAGCCCUACAGGCGAGGCCGAUGGACGUGUAUGGAGUACUAUGACCGGGACUCAGAUGGUGCUGGUGUUCUGGGCAGGACUGGAGAUUGCAUUAGGCACAGCAGCACCUUCGAACAGGCAGCUCAAGAGAGGGACAGUGGCCUCGGUGCCACAGGAGGUUCUGUUGUGAUCUCAGCUGUGCCAGCAUCAGCCCAUGGCCCCGAUUCUAUAGCUGACAGCUCCCUGGCUGCUGUGUCACAGCUGCUUCAGACAGAGAAAAUGAACCAGUCCUCUCUACAGCAACCUAAUUUUGUCAUUGGGCAACAGCAACAGCCCGUAGGUGGGGCCGUGCCUCAGAGUACUGCUCAGCCUGUGUUUUCUGGGGCUUCGGGAGCAAGUCAGCAAAUGAUAGUGCCGCAGCAACCACAGCCACAGGUAAAUCCACAGGGUGUUUCACAGGCUGGACCCAACGGGAAAGGCAUGGCACCUCCAAAUGUGACAGUAGGGCAGUCAAGCAUUCCUGUGGCCCAGCAGCAGGUGCAGCAGGCAAACAUACCAGUGACUCAGCCUCAGCAAUUUGCUUAUUCUCAGUCCCAGAUUCCACCAGUGCAUCUACUGCCGACGCAGCCUCCUGGGCAGGCUGAAUACAUGCAGCACAUGACAAUUAUGCAGUCUCAAGGAGCUAUUCAGCAGGCUACUACAAGCUCUGCUCCAAGUACUGUGGCCUCCAGCCUUCCUGUGGGGCAGGGGACGGGCCAGAGCCCCUCACCUGUGGGGGCGGCGGUGAUGGGGGUGUCGGCGCAGCCCAGCGACGCGCUCGCACAGGGAUCGGGGUUGUUGCAGAGUGGCCAGGCACAAGCCAGUCAGCCUGCCCUCCCGCAGCCGGGCGGCGUGGUGCAGCCAGGCCUCGGACAUACGGGGAUUGUGCAACAGAAAUCUGUGACUCAGCAUCCAAUGGGGGGAAGCAGUCAAGUGUCGGGAAUGCCUGGUGCUCCCCAUGCUGUGGUCCCUGGAGUCCAGAGUGUGCCUGCGGUUGUGCCCGGUACAAGCGUGCCUAGCGCGUCCACCACCGCCUCUGCUGCUAUGCCAAACGUCCCUGCGACGCUGGUCCAGUCCCAGCUGACAAGCCACCCUUCUGCCAGCAGAAGCACCGGCGCGGUCCAGUCCCAGCACGUUGGACACUCGAUGAUGCAAGGUGCGCCCAGCGCACCCGCCAGCCUGCCUCAGGCAAGCCUCGGGCAGUUCCCGACCCAGGCCCAGUCCUUGGUAGGCCAGAUUGAUGAUACUAGAAGAAAAUCGGAACCCCUACCUCAGCCACCACUUUCUCUUAUAGCUGAAAAUAAACCUCUUGUGAAGCCUCCCAUUCCAGACACUCUAGCAAAUCCUCUUCAGUUACCUGCAAGUACUCCAAUGAACAGUCUUGCCAGCUCUGUUUUUGGCAUAUCCAUUCCUGUUGAUGGUGAUGAAGACAGGAAUCCGUCAACUGCAUUCUACCAAGCGUUCCAUUUCAACAAGUUACAGGAGUCAAAGACCACCUGGGAUAGUGCGUCUGGUGCAAGUGUUGUUGCCAUUGACAACAAAAUAGAACAGGCAAUGGAUCUAGUGAAAAGCCAUUUGAUGUAUGCAGUGAGAGAAGAAGUGGAAGUUCUGAAGGAACAAAUAAAAGAAUUAGUUGAAAGAAACUCUUUACUUGAACGAGAAAAUGCACUGUUAAAAUCCCUUUCCAACAACGAUCAGUUAUCGCAGCUGUCGAGCCAGCAGGCCGCCCCCAGCAGCUCCUCGCAGCCCAACGUGUCCUCGGCGUGAGCCCGUGCCGUGCCACCGCUGCCUCGCCCCGGGGGCAGCUGCUUCUCCCGCGUGUUUGGCCUUUUCAGUAUUAGACAAUCACCCUCCGGAGCCGCCCGCCGCGGGAGCCAGAGCAGCCCCGCAGCCUGCAGCCCCUGCAGCCCGGGCUCGUCCCCUGGGCUCAGGAGGGAGGUCUGUCACAGCUUGGGUGGCUCCCCGAGGUUCCCAUUGCUCCUGGGUUGCUUUGAGCCUUGCUGUCUGGUAAGGAGCAGCAAUUCCUCUUCAGAGCCACUGUUCUUUUCAUAUAAGUAACAUUUGCCUAUGUUAGUUUCAUUUAUUUGUUUUAUUUAUUACAGGGCUGCUAUUUUCAUAAUGUACAUGAACAAUGUCACAGAACUUUUGAAUUUUUUUUUAAUAAACGUCUGUAUGGGUAAAAUGAUAGGUGGGAUUGCGUUAAUAGAUACAAUGUCUAGGCAAUAAUUGAACAAAGAAUCCUGGCAUAUUUCUAACACUAAUGGCAAUUGACCUUUGGUAUUUAUUUACGGUAGUAAAGAUCCAGCUUGAAUGUAAAUUUUGUAUAGAGUGUAAGUAUGAAGACCAUAGUGCAUCUGUACAGGUAGUCACCAGUCCUUGUGAUAUAAUAAAUAAGUGAUGGGCUAUUUUGAUGAAGAAAACUUUGCUCAUUUCUGUUUCUACUUUUUAAUAGAGAGAAGGGGGCCAUGAUUCCUCUGCUUUUUGACAUUUCGUUUUUGGUUUGGUUUUUUGGGUGGGAAUAAAAAGCUGUGAAAUUGUUCAACCUACUUUGUAACCAAAGAAGCAAAGCUGUAUAAUUGAGUUGGUUGUUGGUUUUUUGUUUUGUUGGUUUUUUUUUUAUAAUGCACAUUCUUUAUGUAUUUUUAUUUAGUGUUUUCUCAUUCACAACUUUCUUUGCUGUCUCGCAUGAUCUGCAUGACCUGUAAUCUUUGAACCACUUCCGUACCUCAUGUUUUUAUCCAGCACUCUUAGUGUAAUAUGUACUAGUCUGUGAACAAUGUCAAUAAAGAGAAAGAACAGCUGGUGUUGGUGGAGCUAAGCUAGUGUGCUAGGCACUAGUUGUUAAAACAAAUAAAUGAAGUGAGCCAUCUUUUGUUCAUUUAAAAUGGUGUUUUGAAUUUCGUAUGCAGAAAACGUUUUGUUACAUUGCAGAUUUAAUGUAUUUAAUAAAUGCAACAUGCAGAUUAAAUGCAGUGUAUACUGAGUAUUUAAAUUAAAAAUGUACAUUUCAUAAAUACAGUUUCAAAAAAGACCAUCAUUUGUGUAAACUAAUGCAGUGUGUCAAAUUGAUGUACAAAUAUAUAUAUAUAUUUUAACACAUUUUCUGAAAUUAAACCAGUUUUGUUGAA